CCCACCCCCACCCCAGCACAGCAAGGUGGUGAGAGGAGAGGAGAGCCGAGAGAGAGGCGAGGGGCGAGAGGGAGCGAGCGAGAGCCGAGAGAGAUAUCCAAUCCAAUCCAGCCCAGUCCCCUCCCCCGCCUCCGCCUCCGCCGCGCCGCUUCGAUUCGCUCCGGUUCCGCGCUUGCUUUCUCAGGCGAGGUUCGGCGGCGAUCGGAAUGGGCGCGCGGGUGUCCAAGGCCACCUCCUGCUGCUGCCUCCGCGGCCAGCUCCACGGCAGCACCCGCCUCGACGACCCCGGCUCCGAGGAGGACGAGCAGGGGGAGGCGUACGAGCUGCCGGCGUUCCAGGAGUACACCUUCGAGCAGCUGCGCCUGGCCACGGCCGGCUUCGCCGUGGAGAACAUCGUGUCCGAGCAUGGCGAGAAGGCGCCCAACGUCGUCUACAAGGGGAAGCUCGACGCCCAGCGCCGCAUCGCCGUCAAGCGCUUCAAUCGCUCCGCCUGGCCCGACCCGCGCCAGUUCCUGGAAGAAGCUAAAUCAGUUGGUCAGCUCCGGAGCAAAAGGUUAGCAAAUCUGCUUGGCUGUUGCUGCGAAGGUGACGAGAGAUUGCUUGUUGCAGAGUACAUGCCUAAUGACACACUAGCAAAACACCUUUUCCACUGGGAAACCCAAGCGAUGAAAUGGCCCAUGAGAUUAAGGGUUGUUCUCUAUCUUGCUGAGGCUUUAGAAUAUUGCACCAGUAAGGGGCGUGCUCUCUACCAUGAUCUUAAUGCCUACAGAGUUCUGUUUGAUGAUGAUUGUAACCCUAGACUUUCAUGCUUUGGCCUUAUGAAGAACAGCCGGGAUGGCAAAAGUUACAGUACCAAUCUGGCAUUUACUCCUCCCGAAUACAUGAGAACUGGACGUAUAACACCUGAAAGUGUCAUAUAUAGCUUUGGCACCUUGCUACUGGACGUUCUUAGUGGGAAGCAUAUUCCUCCGAGCCAUGCCCUUGACCUGAUUCGAGAUCGGAACUUUAGCAUGCUUACAGACUCGUGUUUAGAGGGCCAAUUUUCAAAUGAGGAAGGAACAGAACUGGUACGAUUAGCUUCAAGAUGCCUGCACUAUGAACCCCGAGAACGGCCGAAUGUAAGAUCUAUGGUUCAAGCAUUGGCUCCUCUUCAGAAAGAUGUUGAGACUCCAUCUUACGAACUGAUGGAUAUGCCCCAAGCCGGUGCAUCAUCUGUCCAAUCAUUGCCUCUUUCUCCUCUUGCUGAUGCUUGUUCCAGAAAGGAUCUGACAGCAAUACAUGAAAUUCUAGAAAAGACAGGGUACAAGGAUGAUGAGGGAACAGCAAAUGAGCUCUCAUUUCAGAUGUGGACCAAUCAAAUGCAAGAUACAUUAACCUCAAAGAAGAAGGGUGACAGUGCAUUUCGGCAAAAGGAUUUUACUACUGCUAUUGACUGUUACUCCCAGUUCAUUGAAGUCGGUACGAUGGUUUCCCCCACCAUAUAUGCUCGGCGUUGCCUAUCUUAUCUGAUGAAUGACAUGGCAGAACAGGCUCUCAGUGAUGCAAUGCAAGCGCUAGUAAUAUCUCCGACAUGGCCGACAGCAUUUUACCUUCAAGCUGCAGCCUUGCUUUCUUUAGACAUGGAGAAUGAAGCUCAAGAUGCUCUCAAGGAUGGUUGUGCCCAAGAGACAAGUAGCAGCAGCGGACGAUGAAUAUGAACUGAUUUCUUGUCUAGGAAAUGCACAUAAUUCCAGGUGCUCGCUUGAACAAAAUCAUUUGGAAUGGAAGAAGCAGCUGUUGUUCAUCUGUCAACUUUGGCGGCCAAGUGUUCUUUGAACUUCUUAUGAUUUGCGUGCGCGAAACUACGUCGUCCCUCAUCCGUAUGUAAAUAUGGAACAAAGCGACAACAGAGACCAGGAAAGAGAUGCCAUAUACAUUGAAGGGUGAACAAGCCCCGUAGACAGGAAUUUUUUUGUGGAAGCGAAAAGUCUGUCUUGGUUCCUCCCACUGAAAAAGGGAGAAAAAAAGAGAUUGUUGAUGUACAUUAUUUGUAAACCUGUACAGUUUUUCGUUUUCGGAGCAGGAUCACCUUCGGCUGAAUAGUUGCCAAAAAUUCUCGGUUUCUAUUACUACGAUUUCCAACUGUUGCAAUACUUUGGGGGUGUAGUCGUCUCCUUUGUAAGCUUAUCAGCUUGUGAUUUUAUUUUCUGGUGCCGCCGGCCCAUAA